CGAAGAUCCCAGCCUCGGCGCCCGGGCGGCUCCGCCUCUGCCGGACAGUCCUCACAGCCGCCGCCGCUGCCGCCGACCGCAGUCCCAGCGCCCCGGAGCCACAGCCCGCAGUUGCGCAGGUCCGCCGCCGCGGCCCGCAGGCGCGCCCAGUCGCACGUGGCGGACCCGCCCCCUGGGCCGGCGCGGCCCUGGACUCCGUGGGCUCUCCGGUCCUCGGCCCGGGCCCCAGGAGCGCAAUGAGUUUUCUGAGCCGGCAGCAGCCGCCGCCGCCCCGCCGCGCCGGGGGCUCCUGUGCUCUGCGGCAGAAGCUGAUUUUCUCGCCCUGCAGCGACUGUGAGGAGGAGGAGGAGGAGGAGGAGGAGGAGGGCAGCGGCCACAGCACCGGGGAGGACUCGGCCUUUCAGGAGCCCGACUCGCCGCUGCCGCCGGCGCGGAGCCCCACAGAGUCCGGGCCCGAGCGCCGCCGCUCGCCCGGCCCGGCCCCCGGCAGCCCCGGGGAGCUGGAGGAGGACAUGCUACUGCGGGGUGCCUGUCCGGGCGCAGACGCGGCGGGCGGCGAGGCCGAGGGCGACUCUUGGGAGGAGGAGGGCUUCGGCUCCUCGUCGCCGGUGAAGUCUCCGGCGGCCGCCUACUUUCUGGGCAGCUCGUUCUCGCCGGUGCGCUGCGGCGGCCCGGGGGACGCGUCCCCGCGCGGCUGCGGGGCGCGCAGCGCUGGCGAGGGCCCCUACGCGCCGCUGCCCGACCACCCCGGCACCCCGCCUCACAAGACCUUCCGCAAGCUACGCCUCUUCGACACGCCGCACACACCUAAGAGUUUGCUCUCCAAAGCUCGAGGAAUCGAUUCCAGCUCUGUCAAACUCCAAAGUGGUUCUCUAUUCAUGGAUACAGAAAAAUCGGGAAAAAGAGAAUUGGACAUGCGACAAACUCCUCAAGUGAAUAUUAAUCCUUUUACUCCAGAUUCUUUGUUACUUCAUUCCUCAGGACAGUGUCGUAGAAGAAAAAGAACAUAUUGGAAUGAUUCCUGUGGUGAAGACAUGGAAGCCAGUGAUUAUGAGUUAGAAGAUGAAACAAGACCUGCUAAAAGAAUUACAAUUACUGAAAGCAAUAUGAAGUCACGGUAUACAACAGAAUUUCAUGAGUUAGAGAAAAUCGGCUCUGGAGAAUUUGGUUCUGUGUUUAAGUGUGUGAAGAGGUUGGAUGGAUGCAUUUAUGCUAUUAAGCGAUCAAAAAAGCCAUUGGCUGGCUCUGUUGAUGAGCAGAAUGCUCUGAGAGAAGUAUAUGCUCAUGCAGUGCUUGGACAACAUUCUCAUGUAGUUCGAUAUUUCUCUGCAUGGGCAGAAGAUGAUCAUAUGCUUAUACAGAAUGAAUAUUGUAAUGGUGGAAGCUUAGCUGAUGCCAUAAGUGAAAACUAUAGAAUCAUGAGUUACUUCACAGAAGCAGAGCUGAAGGAUCUCCUUUUGCAAGUUGGCCGGGGCUUACGGUAUAUUCAUUCAAUGUCUUUGGUUCACAUGGAUAUAAAGCCUAGUAAUAUUUUCAUAUCUCGGACCUCAAUCCCAAAUGCUGCCUCUGAAGAAGGAGAUGAAGAUGAUUGGGCAUCCAACAAAGUUAUGUUUAAAAUAGGUGAUCUUGGGCAUGUAACAAGGAUCUCUAGUCCACAAGUUGAAGAGGGUGAUAGCCGUUUUCUCGCAAAUGAAGUUUUGCAGGAGAACUAUAGCCAUCUACCAAAAGCGGAUAUUUUUGCCCUGGCCCUCACAGUAGUUUGUGCUGCUGGUGCUGAACCUCUUCCCAGAAAUGGAGACCAGUGGCAUGAGAUCAGACAGGGUAGAUUACCUCGGAUCCCACAAGUGCUUUCCCAGGAAUUCACCGAGUUGCUGAAAGUUAUGAUUCAUCCAGAUCCAGAGAGAAGACCUUCAGCAAUGGCGCUGGUAAAGCAUUCCGUAUUGCUUUCUGCUUCUAGAAAAAGUGCAGAACAAUUACGAAUAGAACUGAAUGCUGAAAAGUUCAAAAAUUCACUUUUGCAGAAAGAACUCAAGAAAGCCCAGAUGGCAAAAGCUGCAGCAGAGGAAAGAGCCCUCUUCACUGACCGGAUGGCCACUAGGUCCACCACCCAGAGUAAUAGAACAUCUCGACUUAUUGGAAAGAAAAUGAACCGCUCUGUCAGCCUUACCAUAUACUAAACUACUAAUUUCCCACCUCCUUGAAAAAACUGUGACAAGAGGAAGCUAGGUUGAAAUCAUUGCGAGAAUCCAGUUUGCUAUUACUUUCUUAAUUGGUGUCAGUAGUUUUACUGAAAUACCUUUUAGGACUUACUUGUGAAUUACAGCUGAAAGCUGUAUUUUGACCAGUGCUAUAGGCUUUCAUCUAGUCUUACCAGUCUGUCUUCUGUAGGAUAUCAGUCACUGUGGGGUGUUACACAGCCUUCCAGGGUUAACCACUGUGGUGGUGUGCUGCUUAUAGUUUGCUGUUGCAUUGUAAUAAAAGGUAUCUUUCCCUGUAGGGACCUGUAAAAAGGACUCAAGGGCUUUAUUACAAACAUAUUCUCCCUGGAAAAGGGAAAUGCUGAGAGACUCAGUACUACUCAGCCUUCAUUGUACCUGUGUGUCAAUCUUAUAUUUCUCUUUUUAAAUUGUGAUUUAUACUUGUAUAUCCAACUGGGAGCACUUUGUAGGCAUUGCAUGAACCAUGGGAUGAUAAUUCUGUGGAAGUAUUGCCUUGUGAAUUUGCUGCUAUUUUAGUUUUGUCUUUGCUGUAAAAUUGUAGCAUUAAACAAUCAUUGUUAAUAGCCUUAAAAAAAAAAACAAUUAUGUGAACUCUAGCUGCUCCUGAUGAAAAGCAGCUGUUUGCCUUUUUUUACUUUGACCUUUGAAGCUAGUGCAUUGGAGAAAUGCACCUUUUUCCUCCCUUUGGAAUGCUGUAUUGUAGUAUAAUUAUUACUGGUUUUGUGAUUUUUUUUCCUGAUAAUGACCUUCCCUCUUUUUUAAAAUGUUUCCUCCUUCUGCCCAAGUUUUGUACUUGACUAUAUUGUUAGUCUGGUUUUAAAUGUUUUGCCAGGUUUUGUCUUCAGUACUUCUGUAUAUAAACUAAUCUUGGUGAUACUGUACAUAGCUGUUUGAAAUGCUAGAAUGACUUCUGACUAUUCCAAGCUUUUCACAAAAUACAUUUUUAUCUGUGGUUAGCCGUUUGACUAAUAAUACUGGCUACAGAUGUUGCAAAAAAAAAAAAAAAGAAUUUGUCUAUUUGUUUCCCUAUUAAUUUUGGUUUAAAAUAUGUUUGCACUUGUCUAUUUGACUUGUGUUUUAUUAACAUUGAUUGGCAUAUUAAAAGUCACUCUUAGCUCACUUUAAAUUGUCUAAAUCUUUGUGAUGCCUUUUUUCUAUUUUAUCUCCAUUAUCACUAUAUUAUAGAAUUUAUAAUGUAUAUAAAGUAGUAAAAGCAGAGGGCACAUUUUUUAUAAGAUACGAAACAUUACCUGAUGAAUUUUAGUCCAUAUUAAUUACAUUUUGGGAUCUAAGAAAAACUCACCCAUUAACCUUGAAUGUUUUUUAUCACAAAUAUUUAAUAUUUUUACAUCACAUUGCAUAUUAUGCAUUUGAUCUGCUAGAAGUGUAUAAUGUAGUUUAAAAUAGCUUUAGAUAAUUUUAAGUGAGUAUAAUAGAUAAUGACUCCUAACUUUCUGAUUUGAACUGAGUCCCAGAAGAGAGUUUUAAAGUGAGGAGGGUUUGGCUUAAUAAACCAGGCUGAAUUUUAAAAACUAAAAAAUGACAGUAUAAAUUGAAGGAUAAACUGCUGACUCUGUGUGACAUCUUUUUCUGAUGUGGAUUAGAACUAGAAAAUAAGCAUUACCUUACCUUUGAGCAGAUAAAAAUGCUAUCACAAGAUCCUUGUGCUUUUUGAUCUUGGGUACAUAAUUUCUCUUAAUUAGGGUUUAGUUCUUCCUGCUAUAAACAUUUCUAACAAGCUUGAUUAUUUUAGCUUUUGACCCUGUUGCAUAUUAAAAAGCACAAUUCUGAGGUGUGAGAGGAAUUGGUGUAAAUAGAUAAAUUAGAAAAGUUGAUACGUGUGGAUGACAGAAAACCUGAAAACCUACUUAGGCUGGAGCAGAUAACUCAUACAUUUUAGUAGAAGAAAUGUCUUCACUGAAGACUAAGCUGUAAAAAGUAUGAUAAUUUGUGUUCAUUAGGAUCACUUAAGUUGUUACGGUACAUUUUUCUAGUGCACUAGCUUCAAAGAAAAUGUUUUUCAUCAACAUUUGCAGUAAAUUUUUCACAUUUUAAGAUAAUUAGAUUAUAUAGGAAAAAAACUGGGUUUUCCAAGAGGGAAUAUGUAAGGCAUCUGAAAGCUGAUAGUGACAGUUGGGCUCAUACUCAACACAGGAUACUUGUGUUGAGUGCUUUCUGUGUGCUGAUAGAUCAAAGAUGAAUAAGAAAUAGCCUUUGUGCACUAGGGACUCCAAAUGAGAGGAGACUCAUGUAAAUAAAAAGGACAAUAAAAUAUAAGUGCUAUGUUGGAGGGGUUCUGCAAAGUGGAGUGAUGGCUCAAGGUAUAGUUAGGUGCCUUGGAAGAUGCUGGUGGUAGUUGAGAGUGGAUCUGGGAAAUUAUGUUCAGACUGAUUUCAAUACUAUUGUAGUACUAACCUUGUAGUAGUAACUUAGGAGAGAUGAAUUAACCCUGUGGAUAGAAACAAGGGAAUAGGGAUUUCAUUAGAUGGGAAUACUGCACAUGGAAGUCUUCUGUUUUUAGAACAAAAUGAGAACUUGUUAGCAUAAUAUCAAGAGGAACUACAAGUGCUAAUAGUGAAGCAUUGAAGAGUUUUCCAGAAAAUUUAAGAUGCAGAGGCCUGUUGAUUGUUUGAGACAGAUAUUUAACAUUGAUAAAAUGGCAUUUUUGGAAAGCUGACUUUAUAGUAAGGAAGAAAAAUUAUAUAAGUAUUGGCUAUGCAGUUGGGUAGGAGGAAUCACAUACUGCAGUUGACUGCAAAUUGAAUUUGCCUUACCUUUAACUUAGCUUGCCAAGAAUCCAAGGCAGUCAGUCCCCUUCAACUAAUGAACUGAUGUCUUGAGCUAAUCCUCAAGCUUUGAUUUCCACUCUUCUUGUUCCAGAGGUCAAGAAAUAAUGAUAUUUAAAAAUUUGAUAACAGCUGGGUUUGGGUAAUGUUUUAUGCUGUCUCCUAAUUCUUAAGCAGCAGCAUCCUAACAUUAGAGUUGUUUUUCUUCCUCUCAGUUCAUCUCCACAAAGCAUCUCACCAAUUUUAGCCAGCAGAUCAAAUAAGUUGUUGCAUCUUCAAGGUAUUUUUAUUUGUGAAAAUUUUAAAGGCCAGUUAAAGCAAUUAACAAGGAGGAUGGAUCAAAAAAGAAUUUGGAAGUGUUUUGGAUAUUGGGAAACUCCUAAGUGAAGCCUGGAACUAGGAAUUCGGAGGAAACUGCCUCAUUCAGUAUUUUGAAGGUGUUUGUGUAACUAAAAAGCAUCACUGAAACUGACAUUGCAGAGUGUGAGUGGAUCUAGAAGUCUGCCAAUCUUGUAUUGUUAGACACUUCUCAGAAGCUCAGCAAAGUAGAUUUUUAUAAAAAUGGAAGAGUAAAACAUUAUUGAAACUCUUCCCCAACAUUUAGCUUUUAAAAACUUUGAGAGGCAUUCAUCUGAAUGUCAUUGACCUUUUUCUGUGUGUGGCAGAUGACCCUAAUUUUCAAUGCAGUUCAAAGGUUUCUGGAGUAAGGAAAAAUAUCUAUGUAUGCUCUAGGAACAUUUACCAGGAGAAGAUGGCAUGUUCUGUCCAAACUUCAUUAAACUAGGAGUCUUAAGAAACCUUGGCCAGUCCAGCCCAUGAAGAAAAAUACCUCAAAGGAACAUUUAUAUCAUAGUUCAUAUUGUUUAGUUGUAUAUAGUUAAUAAAUGCUUUGAAGAGCAUAUUUUGACAUAUUUUGAGUUUUGACAUUCUUAUGGUAUGAAAUGGGUUUCUAGGCCUGGAAAUCAAUUUGUGUCGUCAGUCCACUGAUGGGAAAUACAGAUUCAGUGUACAGUGACUCCAUUUAGUCCCUUUUAGCAGAUGAGCCUGUGGAGGCUCAGGUGAGUUACACAACUUAGGAAUUCAUUUUGGUAAGUAAGAGAGCCAGAAUUCCAACUCAGAUUUCACAGCAAAGAAUCAUGCUUUUUCCAGAUAUAUGGAAGUUGAGGACAAAUACUAAUUUACGACAGAGUGCAGGCAGCAAAGGAGAAUCAGAAGGAGCAGUUCGAGAAAUAGGAAAAUGCUCUGGUGUCACAGAGACCAAGAGAAGUUUGAAGGAGAAAUUGAUCUAACAGUGGCUACAUGCAAAAAAAACUAGGUGACUCAAAGCUCCAUGAAAGCAUCUAAAGAUGGUAAGGAGAUUGUUGGUAAGCAGUGUCAGUAGAGGGGGAACAAAAGCCAGAUUACAAUGAAUUGGGGUAUAAAUGGGAGAUAAGCAAAGUAGAAGUCAUUUUUAAAGAAUAUGGCUGAAAAAGAAGGGCAAGGGAGGAGAAGACUAGUUAGAGGGAAAUCUGGAUUUUGUUUUUGUUAUCACUGAUCACCUAGUAUGUGUUAAGUGUUUUGUUUUUUGGUAUCAUUAAUCUACAAUUACAUGAGGAACAUUAUGUUUACUAAACUCCCCCCAUCACCAAGUCCCCCCCACAUACCCCAUUACAGUCACUGUCUAUCAGCGUAGUAAGAUGCUGUAGAAUCACUACUUGUCUUCUCUGUGUUGCACAGCCCUCCCUGUGCCCCCCCCAUAUUAUACAUGCUAAUCAUAAUGCCCCCUUUCUUCCCCCCGCCCCUUAUCCCUCCCCAGCCAUCCUCCACAGUCCCUUUCCCUUUGGUAACUGUUAGUCCAUUCUUGGGUUCUGUGAGUCUGCUGCUAUUUUGCUCCUUCAGUUUUUUCUUUGUUCUUAUACUCCGCAUAUGAGUGAAAUCAUUUGAUACUUGUCUUUCUCCAUGUGGCUUAUUUCACUGAGCAUAAUACCCUCUAGCUUCAUCCAUGUUGUUGCAAAUGAUAGGAUUUGAUUUCUUCUUAUGGCUGAAUAAUAUUCCAUUGUGUAUAUGUACCACUUCUUCUUUAUCCAUUCAUCUACUGAUUGACACUAGGUUGCUUCCAUUUCUUGGCUAUUGUAAAUAGUGCUGCAAUAAACAUAGGAGUGCAUAUGUCUCUUUCAAACUGGGCUGCUGCAUUCUUAGGGUAAAUUCCUAGGAGUGGAAUUCCUGAGUCAAAUGGUGGUAUUUCUAUUUUGAGCAUUUUGAGGAACCUCCAUACUGCUUUCCACAAUGGUUGAACUAAUUUACAUUCCCACCAGCAGUGUAGGAGGGUUCCCCUUUCUCCACAACCUCGCCAACAUUUGUUGUUUGUCUUUUGAAUGGUGGUGAUCCU